ACAAUAUAAUAUCCCAUGGCUCCUGCUCUUCAACUUCUUACUCCAUGUGAAACAAUAAUCACCGAUGCAUCAUCGGAAAACAAUAACGUUACCAUCACUCGAAAGAUAUAUACAAGAGUUCGUCUCGCUACAAUGUCUGAUCUGUCUCAUAUAUACCAAUUGUUUUACCAAAUACAUGUAUACCAUAACUAUACUCAUUUAUACAAAGCUACUGAGUCCUCCUUAGCUAACUUGCUCUUUAAAGAAAACCCUCUACCACUUUUCUACGGGCCAUCCAUACUUAUACUUGAAGUCUCUCCCACCCCUUUUAAAGAACCCAAAAAUACAACAAACGGAGGGUUCAAGCCUGUCCUUACAACGUUUGACCUUAAAUUCCCUGUGGUGGAAGGACAAGUUGAGGAGUUCCGAUCAAAAUAUGAUGAUAAGAGUGAUGUUUACAUCGCGGGAUAUGUUUUCUUUUACGCUAAUUAUUCAUGCUUCAAUGACAAGCCUGGAUUAUAUUUGGAGAGUCUUUACUUAAGAGAAAGCUAUAGAAAGUUGGGUAUGGGGAAAUUGUUGUUUGGAACAGUUUCAUCCAUUGCUGCCAACAAUGGGUUCGUUUCGUUAGAGGAAAUAGUAGCAGUUUGGAAUAAGAAGGCAUAUGCUCUUUACGUAAAUAUGGGGCUCGAAAUAUUUGAUGAGUUUAGGUAUGGGAAGUUGCAUGGAGAAAAUCUUCAAAAGUAUGCAGAUAAAAAUGGAGGCAACUGAUAGUUAAUUAAUUCCCCUACAUAUUGAAGGUGCAAUUUAUUAUAUUGUAUUUGUAAUUUUUUUAAAGCAGAAGGCUC